GCCAUCUUGAAAAGGUCAGUAGUUAGGACGGUUCCAUCAGCGAUGUGGGUAAGAAUGGGAACUGCACUAAAGGAACUUCGAAUAAAUCUACAUACUUCCCAAGUCUCUUAGAAGCUAAUAUUUGAAAUAAACUCUUAGAUCAGUUUAUUUGGGUCUUCCGUGACUAAGGAGACACUUCUUAGCAAAUCCUCCUCAGGUGCAAAUAGCAGCUACCCCUAUCCCCUGCCUAUGGACGGUAGUACAUGCCAAUCGGGGCGUAUGUUCGCGACUACGACGAGUCUGCCGCACUUCCGGCCAGAUUGCCGGAUAUCCGCUGAGUGACCCUUUCAAGUCCUUCUUGAUCCUGAAGUGGAAUAGGUGCCGCUGUUGCUGCUUGUGUUGAAUCCAAAACCGUAGCCGGACAUGGGGCUGGAGGACGAGCGAAAUAUGCUGGCUGGGUCGGGAGAUCCCAAGGAGGAGGAAGAGGAGGAGGAGGAAUUAGUGGAUCCCCUAACAACAGUGAGAGAGCAAUGCGAGCAGAUGGAGAAAUGUGUAAAGGCUCGGGAGCGGCUAGAGCUCUGUGAUGAGCGUGUAUCCUCUAGGUCACAGACAGAGGAGGAUUGCACGGAGGAGCUCUUUGACUUCUUGCAUGCAAGGGACCACUGCGUGGCCCACAAACUCUUUAACAACUUGAAAUAAAUGUGCAGACUCAUUCACCCCAGCCUUCAUCACCUGGGCAUCAGGAUACUUCCUAUGGUUUUGAACAUGCCAUUUGUUUCUUAUUUGUGUACUGUAAGUUCAUGUGAACCUCAUGGAUUUUGGCUUCAGCCAGUAGCUUCUAUGUAAUUAGCUGUGAUUCCAUGUUAAUAAAGUCCAGUGAUCUGCA